AAGUUUUUUUUUUUGUUUUUUUUUCUCUCCAGGAGUUUAUGACAUAAGAUUUUAGUGACUGCGUAUACGUAAUACGGUUUCUACUUCUUUUUUUAUCACUUAAAAAAAAGAAGACAGAAAACACACCAUGUGGAAGACUGUGAUCACAAUUUUGUGUGCCAUCGGCACGGUUUUGGCGCAGUACAGUCCCCAGACUGUUGGACUACCCGAAACAUCGACGUUCAGAAACCAAAUGUCAAAUUCGAGAUCGAACUUUGGGAUGAGACGAUUCUCAUGCCCGGACGGAUUUGUGCGAAUGAAACGUGACUGCUUUUACUUGAGCAAAGGUAUAGCCAAUUGGCAAGAAGCCCACUUUCAUUGCAAGGACAGGAAAUCGACUUUAGCAACGCUUACUAAAAGGGGCAUGAACAGAAAAUUGAGGAAGUACCUGAUUCAACUACGUCUCAGGCCGUUCGAACAGUGGAUCGGCGCCAAAUACGACAGGUCAAAAAUGAAGUGGACAUGGGGUGUAUCAGGCGAAAUAAUAUCCUACAACGGAUUUGGCAAGUUAAAAUCCGUGAACCAAAAAACCGAGCAAUGGCAGUGUGCGGCCAUAAAUCCGAGACGAAACUACCAUUGGUCACCGAGGGAUUGCAUCAAGGAAAUGCCGUACAUUUGUCAAACAAGAGCGAGACAUAUAGGCAGAGGCGGUAAACGGAAACACGGGGUCGGGGCAAGACGAAAGCAACGAAUGAGAGCUGAGUCAAGAGGAAAUGAAACUUUGCCCGAAAACUCAAUCGACAGGAACGAAGUGAUGACGUCGAAAAGUCGACGACGACCGUGGAGGAUGCCGAGAAGAUCGCACCCGAUGUGGGGAAAUGGGGUGAAAUCGGGAGCGGAAGCACGUUCAAGGACGAGAUGGGCGCCAGGCGCGGAAUUGAGCGACAGGUUGCAGCGGGUUCAACCGAAAGGAAACAAGGAGCCAGAACAAUGGGUCAGUGCUCCGGUUAAGGCUGCAAUGUCGGCGAAAAACGUUAUAGAUUCGCCGAGCAAAGAAACUUCGAGAGAGAGUCCUGUGAGACCCGAGUCUAAACCGAAGGCACUUGCUGCAGAACCGGAGAAGACGGAGUUUCAAUUUCCGAUAAGCAACAUAUUCGAAACAGAAGUAUUGCUAAAAGAUUAGACCGAGAUAAAGGGGAAAUUAACAAAUUCUCGGUCUAAACAUGCGCGGCAUUUACAAAUACCUAAUUAUUGAACGGUGAAAACGCAAGGCGAGUAAAUUCGUCCUCGAAUAACGCCGCGGCUGGAUCCGAUUGACCCUAACGAUAUAUAUUAUAUACAUAUAUGUAUAGUAUAAUUUAUUGCAAAUGAAUCCUACACGCUACUUAAAUGAAUACCCAAAUACAAAUAAAAAUACAAUAAUUGCAUAAAAGAUAACAGUGGUGAGAUCGCUGUGUAAAAAUCUGUGCCAAAUUUCAGAGCUGGGCUGAUAAUUUUGCACCGAUCAUUAAUAUAAUUUUGGUAAAGAAAGAGAUUUGAAAACUGAGAAAAACAGACCGCUUCCC